UCAAAAAUAACAUCUCAAUGUUAUGAAAAAUUCCCAAUUCAGAUAAUCGUCAAUGUUUUUAUAAAAUCCAGAGAGAAAAAAAAAAAUAAAAGAACUAGAAAAUUGGUUAUAAAGUCAAGCCUCUAAAUUCGAAAGCCUUUAAAAUGACCACCCAAAGACUGAAGUGCGACCUUAGUCCGGAGGUGACCACCUGUCUGCGGCUGAAGGACAGUGUCCGUCCGGACUGCUGUCCCAUCCGGGAUCCGAUCCCCUACGAUGGUGAGUGUUUUGUGCGGGACAUUGGCAAGGAGCUGGACAAGUUGUCCCGACGCCAUGAGCGCAUGUUUGUGAAGCGCAAGCGGCUGAUGGAGAUGGCGAUCCCCAAACGCCGCCACUGCCGCUUUGUGCCCAAAUGCGCCUGUCCCUUUCCCAAGUCCAUCGAAAUGGUGCGUCCCUGUGAUGUCCAGAGUCACACUCGAACCGAACAACUGGCUCUGCCCACCGUUCGCAGGCUUCUCCAACGGCGGCGGACCGCCAUCCUCGCCGGCGAUACCAUCGGCGAGUCCAUCCUGAACAGGUGGCUGCGCUACAGCUACCUGUCGCUCUACAGUCGUCUCUCCAAUGUCCAGCCCCUUGUUAAACCAAAGAAAAAGAAGAAAAAGACGGAGAAGCAAUUGGCUCGACACGAAAAGUACAUCCAAAAGUUGGCGAAUCCAAAGAAAGCCCCAAAACCCCCAAAACCGAAACGAUCGGCGGGGGAGAUUGACCAGGAGCGGCUCAAGAAACUGGCCAGCCCCAAGGCCUUUUUGGAGGAGCUCAAGCCCAAAUGGGAACUGACCUCCCAGAUGAAGGGCUACAAGGCGACCAAGCGGCUCAAAGAAAUAUCACAGCCCGUUAUGCGGGAAAACGUUCACAUCAACGAAACACCCGAGAAGGUUUCGCCAAAUGCCCUCAAGUACAAGCCGAGUGCGCGCAUCAAGGAAAUGUCGGAGCCGCUGACGAUACGCGAUGCCAACCAGGGAAUGGCGGACGUCAAGGAGAAUCCCUUCGGUAUCGCCCCCAAUGCGCUCAAGUACAAGCCGAGCACGCGGAUCAAGGAGCUGGCGGAGCCCAAGGAGUUCGAGAACACGCACAUCCGGGAGAAUCCGUUUGCCAUUUCGCCGGCGGCUCUAAAAGCCAAGGCCUCGCCACGCCUCAUCGAACUGGCCAAGCCCAAGGGCGGUUAAAUCCAUCCGGACUGGGCCAUAUAUUUGGUGUCCUACAAUUUGCGUUUUGGCUACGUUUGGUAUCGAGUUUUUCAUUAAAUUUGUCUUUGGUUUUCAAAAAUA